AUGGAGGCAUCAGAAACAGAAGCGGCGGCGGUGCCCGGCGACGUGCAAGAGCCCGUUGAGGUGGUAGAGACGUCGCAGCCGUCCAAAAAGCGUUCAUUGGAGGAUAUGCAGCAAAACGCUGAGCCCGACGCAUCGGAGCCUCAUCAGGCACCAUCGCCGGAGCCUGAAGCCAAGAGGGCAAAGACGGGCCAGACAGAUAAGAAAGAGGCCCUGGACGAGGACGGCGAUGAGAAAAGUGCCGAGGAGGGCGAGUUGGAGGAAGAUGAUGAGGACGCUCAGGCAUCCAACUCUGUAUCUGAAGAGAUGGGCGGCGGGCAGAGCGGCGACGGCCAAAAGCUCGCGGCGGAUGCGGGCAGCAAACGUAUGACACGAUCUAUGGCGGCGGCGGCAAACGACUCGGCUCAUGUUGGAUGGAAUCACGGCAUCACAUCCCAAAUCCGAACAUCACUUGGCGGGGCUGCGAAAGCGAAAGCCUCGCCAGCACCCACCAAGACAAAGUCUAAGGAACCAACACCCGAGCCUGAGCCUGAGGUUGAGGCUGAGGUUGAGGUUGAGCCCACACCUCACGCUGCGACAGAGUCCGCGCCUUCCCAAGUUGCUCAACCGACCGCUCCUGCCACAAAGGAGCCUGCCAAAAAAGCUCCCCUAACACGAGCGGAACGCAGGCAAGAGAAACAAGCACAAGCUGCCGCGGACUCCAAAAAAUCCCAGGAGGAGCUGAAAAAACCUUUCGAGUACGCCCCCGGCCUCUCAUUUUAUCUCCCCAGCAAAAAGAAUCUUUUGUCGCCCAAGGGCAACAACAUUGGAUCCGGCGUCUGGAAGUCCAAGUUUCACAGUUGGUGCCAGUCCUUCGUCAGUCGCAACAUCGACCAAAAGGACCAACUCAACGCCGACAUCGCCGUCGCUGCGCUGCUAGAGUACAUUGCCACACGCGCGCACUGGUCCAAGAAGAGGCAAAGAGGAGCUGCUACAGGCGAGGCUCGGAAACCUCAGACGAGAAAUGACAUGGCGGUCAACCUGGCAACGAUACUGAAGAACGACGACUACCUGGCCAAAAGCGCAGGAACCGGCACGGAGGACUCUCCCAUGGUGAUUGAGGACGACGACUCCGAUGACGACGACGUACAGGAAAUUUCACCACCUUCCGGCACGACAACGCCUGGCAACGCCGCACAAACUGCAGCAUCCAAUGCUGCUCACUCUGAUCAGCGGGAAGAAGCCGUCCUGCCCUUAGUUGAAGUCAAAGAAGACUCUGAGGAUAUUUCUGACGACGGGAUGGAGAGCGGACGACCCGGUCCAGUUGUCCUCGGCGAGGAGGAUGACUUGGCCCAGCAGCGGAAGUACUUCCCCGGACUUGCCGAAUCCGAGUGCAUCUGCGUCUACUGCGCGACUCCUGGUCACACCUCAUCUGCAUGCCCCAGAACGGCCUGCAAGUUCUGCGAGGGCGAGGACCAUUUCUCCUGGAACUGCCCGACGCGCGAGAGGUGUACUAAGUGUCGCCAGCUGGGUCACGGCAAGGGACAAUGCACCGAGAAGCUCAUUAGUUUGGACGAGGAGGGCGCGGAGUGCGCUACGUGUGGUUCUCAAGCCCACGACGACGACGACGACUGCGAGGUCCUUUGGCGAUCCUACAAGCCUCAGAGUGGCAUGAUUAAGAAGGUCAACUUUCUUCCUGCCUUCUGUGGAGCUUGCGGCGCGGAAGGACAUUACUAUUCUGACUGUGCGUUCCGUGGCGACAAGCCGCGCAGUCAGACGUGGUCGUUGAGGAACAGAGACCGCUACUUGGACAAGAACGCGGCCGACGGACCGAUCAGCGACUUUGCCAGCAUACCCAAACCGCCUCAGCUUCAGAUCAAAGGCGCGUCUGCCAGUCGGAACCACAUCUUCUACGCCGAUAGCGACGGAUCGGAAGAGGGCGAAUUCCUGGGCCAGAAGGUCAAGCCGCGUGCUCCGCCCGGAAAGAUCCAGAUGGCGAGCAACAUCCAACUCGGCAACUUUGGAGUACAACAGCAGCAGCAGCAACAGCAGCAGCAGCCACAGCCUCAGCAAAACGGACGUGGUCAGCAGAGAGGUGGGUGGUCAGCGCAGCCUCCUCUCCCUCCUGGACCUCCCCCUCCUGGCCCGCCAGUCGGUGGUUCGUACUCGCGAAUGGCCAAGAGCCACAACAACCAGUCGCGUCCGCCGCCCCCGAACAACGGUGCUGGACGUGGUGGUCUGCCUCCCAAGCCUCCAGCUCCGCAACACGGCUACCACACCGUGGCCCCACCUCCCAACGGACCGGGGCCGAACGCGAAGAAGCCCAGGACUAGACAGCCGGCUAAUGCGCCUUCGGGGCCCUCGCAUCACCAGAACGGUAGGGGAGGUGCUGGUGGACGCCGCAGGGGUAAGAACAGACGCGGUGGGAAGCAGGGUUGA